UUUCCAGGUGUUAAACAGUUGCCGGUACCUCAUCCAGCUUAAAAGCAGCUAACUCGGCUUGUUUAGCUACAGAACUUUUCAGAAGACAACCAAGAUGAAGUUAUUCUUGUUGUUCGUGUUGCUUGGUGUUGCCUUUGCUAACAAUCCUGAUGAAAACGCCGGAGUUGACGACCCAAACCUGUACGAGGGAGACAUGAUCCUGACUGACGCUCAGCGAAUGGCAGCUGAAAUGGGAAUGGACGUGGAUAAACCAAUCGGUAGAGGAAGCAUCAAGAAUGGCCGUUGGCCAGGAGGAGUGAUGGCUUACACUAUUGACGGCAGCUUACGACGUAACUCCCGAGCAAUGAAUGCCAUCAGAGCCGGAAUGAAAAUGUGGACUGACAAUACUUGUAUCAGAUUCAAAGAGAGGACGAACGAGUAUGCGUACGCACACUUUCACAUCGGAGGAGGCUGCUCUUCUAUGGUCGGACGAACAGGACGCCUUCAGAGAAUCAGUCUCGCUGGCGGAUGCUGGUACGCGGGCAUUGUUGCGCAUGAAAUUGGUCACGCACUCGGUUUUUACCACGAACAGUCACGCCCUGAUCGAGACAAUUACGUUACCAUCAACUGGAAUAACAUUAACCCAAACAUGAAGUUCAACUUCAACAAGUACUCAAGGUCCACCAUUGAUUCUCUGGGAACUCCAUACGAUUACAACAGCGUCAUGCACUAUGAUAGUUAUGCAUUCAGCAGAAACAGGAGACCAACCAUCGUAGCUAAACAAUCUGGGGUUAAACUUGGCAACCGCAGGUACCUGAGUAAGGUUGACAUCCAACAGAUGAACAUGAUGUACAAGUGCAGUGGUGGUGGUGGUGGUGGUGGUGGAAUCGUUAACCCCCCUCCCCCUCCAGUUUGUAAGGACAACAAUCCUCUAUGCCCAAUCCUUGCUCUUGGCUGCGGACUUCACGCGGGAAUCAGAGACCAAUGUAGGAAGAGCUGCAAAAUGUGCUAGAUGGACACCACCUAAGAUAUUACAAGCUAUAUAUCUAUAACUAACCUUGAUAUUUAACUGUGGAACAUAUUUUGAAUUCUAAUAAAGCAUUUACUU